AAAGGUCCCAGACCUCACGGCAUAACUAGGGGAGCAUCUAGGCUUUCGUUAAACCUGGCAUUAAUCAUAUUGAGAAAACCCUGCAGUUUUACACUGUUUUUCAACGCUUACCCCUAGGGUUUCAUGGGCUUUUUUAAGGUUCAUAAGUAGGUACUACGUGAGCAUGCUGAUGGCGAAGUAUCAUCUUGUAUUUCAACGGACUGCAGGCCACGGUACAGACAAAGACAGCAACCCCACCCGCCCCAAAAAAAAUAAAGCGGCCAAACAAUGCGGAAAACCCUAGAACCAGAAAUAUCCCAGCUUUGGAACUGCCGUGUAAACUUUCCAAUACCCAUUGCCUUUCCCUUCAGAGCAAUUCAAUACCCAUUUUGUACCCCAAUGUCAUUUAAAAAACUUAAAAGCACCGGGGAAUGUACAUGGGAUCAUGGAAUCUUCCCUUUGUCAAAGACAUGUCUCCGUUCAAAUUUCGUUAAAUGGGCACUCUGCCCGUUUUUAUGUUACGUAAACUUCAGUGACAGUAUGUGACAGAAAGGCUGAGCAGAAAGAGUUUAUGGCUCGUUAUCUCAUUAGGGUUUUUGAAUGAAUUGAAUUUAUUGAAGCCCCUGCUUUUUGUGGAAUGGUCCUUUUUUAUCAGACAGUGCAGGGAAGGCUCUGUUUUCGGUAUGUUAUGUCUUUUCGGUGCGUGCUUUUCUUUUGCCGGGUUGUCAGUCAUGUUUACCAUCUGCUGCCAUGCAUCAAUUUUCUCGUUUUCCCCAUUCACACCAAUGGUAGUCAUUUCCCCUCUAUUUUACUUUUUCAGAUUUUCCUAUUUUAAUCUUGGGUUUCAAUCCAAGAGAGUAACUUUUCAGUCCAAAAUAUUAACCAUAUCUCCAUGGUACCAGGGACCAUACUUUUCCAUCUUGGGUUAAUGUCACUUUCUGCAGAUUACUAAUAUUGUCAAUGGGAUUCAUGAACACCUAAUUGUCUUUAUGUCCGGCAAUAGCCAUCGUUCAUCUUGGACUAGUGUUGAACAUUGCCACCUAUAGGAUUCCUUAAUACCCAAUUAUAUAUUACGUCAAGUGAUAAUGAUACUUUAUCAUGGCCUAAAUUUCGCCGAACCAUCUGUUUCCGUAAUAUCCAAUUGUUCUUAGUAGGUAUCAAGUAACUCUCAAUUUUUACCUUGGCCCAAUGUGUCAUCUCCCUCACCAGCUGUGUUCAAUCCAUGCUCAAAGAUCACAGCAAUUUUUUUAAAACUUAGUUUAAUUCAUGCUAACAGUACAUCCCAUUUCUUUUUAAUGCUGGGGUGACUAUUAGAUUUUCCAGAGAUUUAAUUUCAGCAACAUCACAUUAUUUAUCCGGUUCACAUUCAUCAAGAAUACCCAAGUAGUGUAACUUUAUGUCUUAUGUCUUAUUACACAAUUGAUCUUUUAUUCAAGUAUUUGUGGGCUCAUUACUCCUAAAUACACAAUAAGUUGUUUAAGUAAAUCCUGGUGGUCAAAACGGCGAUUUCUGGCAAUACCCAGGAUGGUUAUUUUCUUACUUUCGAAGUCAGAUGAUAGCAUUUCUUCUGUGUCUAAUUUUGGAUAGAACUGAUUUAAUUAAUUGGAAAAAAAUGCAAGCUUUAGGGGGUUGGCAUAAAAGCUCGUCAACAGAGAUAAGAUCUCCAGUUUCUGCAUUCAAAUUGUCUCUCCUUCAAUGGAACUACUUAUUGCUCAAAAGGCUUAUACAGCUUAGACAUCUUCUCGGUUUCAGCAUAGGCCAAAUGCCGUUUUUGGUUUUCAACGUUUGAAGACUACUCCCCUCAUCCUUAGCAUUUCUCUUUCCUGUCGCUGCAGGGUGCAUGCUUUUGUUGUUCAUUCUCUAUGUAUAUUGUCUUCUGUUGUGCGUGCUGUGUCCUUCUGCAUUAGCAUUCUCUGUAAUGUAGUCUUAAUGUUUUGAGUGUCUCCCCUGGUUCAUAUAGUAUUAUAGACAUUUUGCUCCAUCAGGCUGCCAUGUUGAAAUGCAACGCAUCGCUUAUAUUACAAACUAGUGAACUUCCAUCGCAAGCUUUUGAUAUAUGCAAUUAUUUAGAUUCUUUUGACAUCUACCGAUGUGGAUGAGUUGAAUCCAUAAUAUUUUCGGGAAUGGAGCACUGGUCCAGGAACACGUUUGAAGAUGGUAUCUUGCUCUCAGCUUGUUCAGAUGAUUUUCUCCCUCUGUCUGCUCAUUAAAGAAGCCUUUGACUAUUGAGCAUUAGAAGAUCUGGAAAUUCAGAACAAUGAAGUUGAUCAUUUAAACAAGUUGUCCAUGUGCAAAUUUGUCGGGACAAAAUCUGUGCACCAUUUGAGAUUCAUCAUGAAGAGUCUUAUGAAAUGGGUAUUGGAUAUUGGAGAUGAAGGAAAGGCAGCGGUGGCAGCCUGAAGAAGAUGCUGUAUUACGGGCUUAUGUUAAGCAAUAUGGGCCAAAGGAAUGGAACUUGGUAUCACAGCGGAUGGGUAAACCCUUAGACAGGGAUGCAAAGUCCUGUUUAGAGAGGUGGAAAAAUUAUUUAAAACCUGGGAUAAAAAAGGGUUCUUUGUCAGAAGAGGAGCAAUCUCUUGUUAUAAGUCUUCAAGCAAAGUAUGGUAAUAAGUGGAAGAAAAUUGCAGCAGAAGUUCCAGGAAGAACAGCCAAGAGACUAGGAAAAUGGUGGGAGGUUUUCAAAGAAAAACAACUAAAGGAGAAGCGUAAAGAAAGGCAAAGUUUAGAUAGUCAAAAUUCGAGGGAAGGUGGAAAGUAUGACCAUAUUUUGGAAACUUUUGCAGAGAAAUAUGUACAGAAGAAAAUAUGUCCAACUAGCUUACCAUCUAUUUUGAGGUCUGGUGCAUCACCCUCUCCUCUCCUAACCUUGGGUGCUCCUAGAGAUGCUACAUAUGCUGAUAACUUUAAUUUCACCAAUGUGAAUUCUAUGCCAUCAGUUUCAUCAAGUAAACUUGUUUCCCGUAUGCCAAAUAUACCUGGAUCUGUGGGCCUUACAUUACCAGAUCUAAAGCAAAAAUUGUCUUCAGUCUCAGAAAUAGAACCACGAUUGACACUAGAAAGCCCAAGAAGAAGGUCUGUGCUGGAGCCUGAACUUGCUUUGCAGUGUAGUGUUUCUGUAAUGGACAUGGAAUUGACGUGUACAUCUCUAGUAUCACCAUGCUCUGCCAUUGAUACAACCUCAGCCCUUCCUCCAUGGAUGUCCAAUGUACCCUCUGCACCAGUGCCUGUUUCAGGUAGCACUGAUGUUAAAACCACAGCUUCUGCAUUCAAUUUGGAGAGAGAGAAUCCUUUCCUGUCAAAAUCUAUUCAACUGAAUUCAUCUCCUUCUGUGAGCUUGUCCCUUUCUCCAUCAUUAAGUGAUCCGGUUGUUUCAAGUGGUUCUGCAUCUCCAGCAUCUGAAGUUAUAGCCCCUAGAUCUUGGCUGCAAGAUGCUACAAGACAAAAAGAAAUCAUCAAUGGUAUUUCUGGAGGAUCAGUGAAUGAGAACAAGCAUAAUUUGCCUUGGUGUUCAUCAGAUAAGCCAGUUGGGACAUUAUCUUUUGAUCCAAUUUUACCUUCUACCAAACAAGGAGUAGAUAACCUUAUCAUGCAACAGCUGCCUGCAUUUUUCCAAAACUUAAAAGAUCUUGAAGAAGGUCGGCAGUCCUGGUUAAUGCACAAAAAGGAGGCUAGUUGGAGACUCAAUCGACUCGAACAACAGCUUGAAUCUGAAAAAACACGUAAGCGGAGAGAAAAAAUUGAAGAAGUGCGUGCUAAAAUUCGGGCCCUUAGAGAGGAAGAGAUGACAUAUCUUGAUAAAUUGGAGUCUGAUUGCAGAGAGCAACUUUCUAGUUUCCAAAGAGAUGCAGAAAUCAAGGAGGCCAAGAUGAUGGAACAGUGGACAGCCAAGCAUGUACAGUUGACAAAAUUUCUUGAGCAGAUGCUUUAUCAGUUUCCUGAUGCUCACAGAUUCUUUAGCAAUGACAUGAGGUGACAAGUCACUAAAUUUCCUCAAAAUUUGAGACCUGGCAUGCUUGCAUGAUCAUACUGUUGGCUUUCUAGCAGUUCAUUUUAUAACUUUGGACCAAUUUGGUGAACACUGUUGACAUUGCAGCGAGGCUACAAAAACUAUUGUAUAGUCUUCUGUUGGCACCCAUCUUUUACAUCCACGAGCAUUUUUCUCUCUUUUGAGCUUUUCACUCAUUACUACUUGAUUAGCUUUUAUAUUAGAUAAGGGUUUUGCUCAUUGUCAGUUUCUAUUUCAGUCUGGGGAUUAAAAUUUGCCAUCAUCCAUAUCUUCCUUUUAUUGUACUCAAAUAUAUUUUAAAGAAAUGUAUAACCAAUGCUUGAGCAUGGAGGUUCAACAUUCUGUACACAAAGGCUGAUAUGUAUAUGAGGAAUGAUUAUGAUU